GUUGUCCCUUCACGCCAUUCGUCCUCAUGUUAUAUAUCUCGGUUUGUAAUCCUGCCUGAUCUGGGCCGAUCUGUUCUGUCGGGCUUGAGAACACAUGACAUUUGCAUAUAUGGGUACGGUUGGGCGGUCAGGGUCAUUGGGAUAAUGGGGUGUCUGAGGCAAGACAUGAGUAGUGGUUCUUGUUCUGCCCUUCUACUCUUGUACAGCACAUGCCCUGCAGAGCUUUAGUGAUGAUGUUGCAUUGGAUCAAUGUGAGAGGAGCCAACCACACGUUCGUAUCAGGUCUUAGUAGUUUGUUUGGUAUUGAGUUAUCCAAGGUUGCACUGCAAAGAUGAGUACUGCUAAUCGCUAUCAACACAUCAAAUCAACCAAGCCUAUUCUAGGCAAAGCAAGAAAACUGAAGGAUCUCAUGUUAAAAAGCGAUAAUCGGAUAUGUGCUGAUUGUGGUGCACCUGAUCCCAAAUGGGCGUCUGCUAAUAUUGGAGUUUUCCUUUGCUUAAAAUGUGGAGAUGUUCAUAGGGCACUUGGACCUGACAUUUCAAAGGUUUUAUCUGUAACUUUGGAUGAUUGGUCUGAUAGUGAUAUCGACUCCAUGGUUGAAGUUGGUGGAAACUCGUAUGCAAAUUCAAUUUAUGAGGCUUUUCUUCCAAAGGAUCACCCAAAACCCAAACUGGAUUCAACGAUGGAAUAUAGGACCAAAUUUAUAAGAGCCAAGUAUGAGACACAAGAUUUUUUGAAGCCAAGUCUGCGGAUUUCCUCAAAAUCAUCUUUUAAAUCUACCACUUCUGUGAAGAGUGUGGCUAGCAGUUUCUUUAGCACUUCAAGGAAGGAUGUCCUUGAAGAUACAAGAGAAUUUGUUGGGGAGCUGAACAUUACAGUGGUGAAAGGUACUAACUUAGCCGUCAGAGACAUGCUAACAAGUGACCCAUAUGUUAUCUUAGCACUCGGAGAACAGAAAGCUCAGACAACAGUUAAAAAGAGUGACCUGAACCCUGUAUGGAAUGAGGUGCUUAAGCUAUCCGUUCCUCGAAAUUAUGGACCUCUAAAACUUCAAGUGUAUGACCACGAUACAUUCUCUGCGGACGAUAUAAUGGGUGAAGCGGAGAUAGAUCUCCAACCAAUGAUCACAGCUGCCAUGGCCUUUGGAGAUACUUCGCGUCUUGGUGACAUGCAGAUUGGAAGGUGGUUUAUGACCAAAGACAAUGCCCUGUUGAAAGAUAGUACUGUCAAUGUUUUUGGGGGCAAGGUAAAACAGGAAGUGCACCUAAAGCUGCAGAACGUAGAAUCAGGUGAGAUAGAGUUAGAACUGGAAUGGGUUUCUCUAGACUAAUGAUACCUCACCUGGUCUUUGUCUAAAAUCUACCCUCAAGAUGCAUCAAUUUUUUUUAACUUGAGCUGAAUGCCUUCAAAGCUAUCCACUUGCUGGAUAUGUCUUAGACAUUUUUGCUGGAUGGCCUGAAUUUGUAAAAAUGUCAUUGUAGAGUAUCCUGGUGUAAUUUCUUGGAUAUACUCACGUCCGAUUUUAUUUUCUAUUUAGUCCCUCGUUCUGAUACCAUGUAAGUACUCAUUGUCUCUCGAUCUGUUGUAUUGUCUCAUUGAAACGACUUGUGUAUUAUAAGAGACGACAAUUACAGCU